CCAAAUCUCGUUCUCUCUCUCUCUCUCUCUCUUUCUCCCCCCUCCCUCCGGCGCGCUGCUCACUUACUACCACAAUCUCAGAAAUCAAAUUUAUCUAGAGAGAGAAACCACAACCGCGAGCGAGGCUUCUCCAUUUCUGAAGAGAUCAAUCGGAAUGGCGACGGCACCUGUGAGAUUGGAUCUGGACGGGAAUCCGGUCAAGCCGCUGACGAUAUGCAUGAUCGGCGCCGGUGGCUUCAUCGGAUCCCACCUCUGCGAGAAGCUUAUGGCGGAGACUCAGCACAAGGUGCUAGCCCUCGAUGUUUACAAUGACAAGAUCAAGCACCUCCUUGAGCCUUCUUCAUUGCCUUGGGCCGAUCGGAUCCAGUUCCACCGCCUCAACAUCAAGCACGACUCCAGGCUUGAAGGUCUCAUUAAGAUGGCAGAUCUGACAAUAAAUCUUGCGGCGAUCUGUACCCCUGCGGAUUAUAAUACUCGUCCCCUUGACACGAUUUACAGCAAUUUCAUCGAUGCACUCCCUGUGGUUAAGUAUUGUUCAGAGAACAACAAGCGUCUAAUUCACUUCUCCACAUGUGAAGUGUAUGGGAAAACUGUCGGUAGCUUUCUUCCUAAAGAUCAUCCCCUCCGUCAGGAUCCUGCUUACUACGUUCUUAAAGAAGAUGAAUCCCCUUGCAUUUUUGGUUCCAUUGAGAAGCAGAGGUGGUCAUAUGCUUGUGCAAAGCAAUUGAUCGAGAGGCUCAUUUUUGCUGAGGGUGCAGAGAAUGGCCUUGAAUUUACCAUUGUGAGGCCCUUCAACUGGAUUGGACCCAGGAUGGAUUUCAUUCCAGGGGUUGAUGGUCCAAGUGAGGGUGUUCCAAGAGUUCUUGCAUGCUUUAGUAAUAAUCUCCUACGCCGUCUGCCUCUCAAGCUUGUUGAUGGUGGACAAUCACAGAGGACUUUCGUUUACAUAAAAGAUGCUAUUGAAGCUGUUCACCUGAUGAUUGAAAACCCGUCCAGGGCUAAUGGCCAUAUCUUCAAUGUGGGCAAUCCGAACAAUGAAGUUACAGUAAGGCAGCUUGCUGAAAUGAUGACUCAGGUCUACUCCAAGGUUAGUGGAGAUCCUGCUCUGGAUUCUCCAACAAUUGAUGUCAGCUCAAAAGAAUUCUAUGGCGAGGGCUAUGAUGAUAGUGACAAAAGAAUUCCAGACAUGACGAUAAUAAAUAGACAACUUGGGUGGAACCCCAAGACAUCACUCUGGGACUUGCUUGAAUCAACCCUCACUUACCAGCACAGGACUUACGCGGAGGCUAUCAAGCAGGUUUAUCAAAGCCAGCUACCAACUAAGGAGGUGUAGUAGUUGGGAUUGGCCCAUUUAAAUGAGAUUCUCACUUAAAUGUGCUUGCUAGUGGAUGUUUCCAAUUCUUUCGAAGGAAAAGUUUAAAUAUAUCUUAAUGGUCGUUUUGCAUAUACACUACAUUUUUUCUUUGUCGUCUUUCUAAUAUUGGUAGUCAAUAGCUCUCUGUAGCUCAGCAAGAAAAUUGUGUUGGAAAACUACCCUAUCUUGAGAAGACAUUAGGGGAAAGAUAUAUUGUUACUGUAAUCUGUGAGCAGGAGGUUGGGCUACAAAAUGUUGGGAGCAUUUAUACAAGGAAAGCUGUUUUUGUUGCCUUGGGGGUUUGAUUCUCAUACCUCUUCUUUGGUCUGUGCUGGGGUGUGUUGUAUUAGUUUGAUUUAACCCUCUCAGCAGCAUGUUCUUUUUCAUAAUUUAUUAUUAUUUAUUAAUUUUAUGCAUACUUUCUCCCAUUGGCA